GAUAUUAUUGUCUAUAUAGUCUAAAUCUUCUUUAUUGAAAAGAAAGAAAAGAAAAGAUACGUGAUUGCUUUGAGAGAUACUUUAAUUCAGCCAACUCAUAAUUUCAUUUCUUAUUUUAUCUAACUGAGUUUUCAUUUCUUUUCUUUUUCCUUUCUAUCUCAUUUCUCUCAUCUUUCUUUCCUUUUUUUUUUUUUUUUUUUUUCUCUCUAGCUUUAGCUGGUUAUGGCUCUUCUAAUGGUUUGGAGCUGGAUGGAAUGACAAUUAUGAUGCAAAGGCAGGUCAACUUGUAUGUACAGUCUCUUUUUUUACUUGGUUGGUCUUUCUCUUUCCGUUUCCUUCAUCUGUCUCUCGUUGUCAUGGUAUUUCUUCCAGAAUCCUUUACUAAGUGUUACUUUUUUUCUUUAUUCCCUUUCUUUUCUUCUGUAAAAAUACUCUUUUAUUUAAAUAAAAUGUUUGAUUAUUUAAAUUAUCCUGCUAUGAUGUUUUGU